AUGCUUGUCCGAACUGCCGCAGGAUUGAACCGAUUAGUCGUCCGACUGUCUCACGCCCAAUACGACGGUUUCUGCCUCCCAGUUAUGUUCAGAACACUCGCAACUAUCUACCAGCAGGAGCCCUUACAUCGGACGACUGGCUUCCAUAACUUCCUUGCAUAUGUUCGCGGUAGAAAUUCGCUAUCAGUCCAUUACUGGCGCGACCUUCUUGCCGGCUCGUACGUCACCAACAUUACCUCAAAGAUUUGUCCCAAGGUACGCAACGAUAUCGCUCUUCGGAAGAUUAAGGUGGAAAGAACCAUGUGCACACCCCAGCUUCCUGCAGGUAUUACUAUGACAUCACUCGUUAGUUCCGCUUGGGCUGUAGUGCUAUCUCAUAUCAGUGGAGAAGAAGAUGUCGUAUAUGGGUUUGUAGUUGCAGGCCGUAACUCCAUCCUACCAGGUACCACAGAGCUCAUAGGCCCUUGUGUGAACUUCGUUCCUGUUCGAGCUCGGCCUGUUUCGACCAGAACAUCGGCGGGACUCCUUCGCUCUGUGCAGAAUCAGUAUAUCUCGCUUGGCGAGUCAGACUCAAUGGGAUUUGACGACAUAGUCCAACACUGCACUAACUGGCCAGCCAAGUCAGAGUUCGAUUCAAUCGUCCUACACCAAAACAUCGAGGAACAACCAGAAGUCCACUUCGCUGGAGAGGCUAUCAAGCUUCAAUGGUUUCAGAAUCCCUUUAUAGUGCCUCGCCAACUGGCGGUCGUGUCAUACCCAAGAGGUAAUAGCCUGGCCAUUACAAUCAAUGGCAACACCGGGAUAUUAGCAGAUCGAUGUGCAGAGAAGCUGCUUACGAUGCUUUGCGAUACAAUCAUACAUCUCUCAGGUAACCUUGAGGCACCUCUAGCAGUGUGUAAAUCGUCGUUGCCAGCAUGUACGUGGGACGAUGAGUAA